CGGCGGAGGACGAAGCUGCUGUUACUAAUUCCGCCAUGGAUCUGUCGCCGGAAUCUGAAACAGAGAUGUUUCUGUCGGUGGCGGCGGAAAAGCCUCUUGCCACUUCACGCUUUGCUCACCGUGGAAAACAGUCGGUGAGAUCCACCCCGGAAGGUGGGAGAGGUUUGAGAGUGGCGAGGCAGAAGAAGCAGCUGGAGACGCUGGAGAGCACGUGGAAGACGAUCACGGAGGGGCGUCAUGCGCCGCUGACGAGGCGCCUGAAAAAAUCUGAUCCCCUUGAGAACCACCAGAACCUGAACCGCGGCGACGCCGCCACCGCAGCAGACGGUGACGCUUCUGUAAAGCGGCCGGUGUCGCGAAACCCGGGGAUGAUGAUUCUUCGGAAAGAGCCUUCUCUGAGUCAGGACGAGUUGAACCGCCGAGUUGAAGCGUUCAUAAAGAAGUUCAACGAGGAGAUGAGGAUACAAAGGCAGGAGUCGUUACAGCAGUGGAAGGAGAUGAUUAACCGUGGGGCCAACUAGUUGUCAUUUCUUUUGCUUUUCCAUUUUUGGCCUUCUUUCCUUUUAUUUAUCUUUUUAAAAAAUCUUUUUAGAAAAUGCUUAGCGAAAAAUUAACUCUUUCUUCUCAGCCCCUGCCUUUUAAAAAACAAGGGCUAUUAUUGACUGUAUAAAAAAAUCUUUAUUAUUUUGUAUUUUAUAAGUGCGUGUAUAUUGUGGAAUGUUAGUAGAUUUACUAGAUUUGUGUAAGAUUUGUUUGUGAAAUUGAAUAUAUGAACAUUGCUUAAUUUGAAGUAUGUACGAGUAUUUAUAUGUUUUCAUUU